AUGAGAAGCUGCUGUUGGUUCUGGAGGACCAUUUUCGUUCUGCUGCUCUUCUUCCAGCCUGGCACCACCCAGUAUGAGAACCGGAUCUCUGUCCCGGAUCAUGGACUGUGCCAGCCCAUCUCCAUCCCUCUCUGCUCGGACCUCCCCUACAACCAGACCAUCAUGCCCAACCUGCUGGGUCACACGAAUCAGGAGGACGCCGGGCUGGAGGUCCACCAGUUCUACCCGCUGGUCCAGGUCCGGUGCUCCACGGAGCUCCAGUUCUUUCUGUGCUCCAUGUAUGCUCCGGUGUGCACGGUUCUGGAUCGGGCCGUCCCGCCCUGCAGGUCUCUGUGUGAGCAGGCUCGGCUGGGCUGCGAGGAGCUCAUGAACCGGUUCGGUUUCCGGUGGCCCGAGAGGCUGAGCUGCCAGAACCUCCCAGUCCACGGGACCAGGGAGAUCUGUGUGGGUCAGAACAUGAGCGACUUUAAUAGUCCCACGUCUGAGCCGGCCCGGACCACUCUGUCCCUCUCCAUUUGGAUCAGCCAACCAGUCUCCUGCCCCCUGCAGCUUCAGGUACCCCCCUACCUGAGCUACCGGUUCCUGGGGGUGGAGGACUGCGGCGCCCCCUGUGAGGCCUCCGAGCCCGGCGGACUGAUGUAUUUCACUGAAGAGGACCUGAAGUUCAGCCGGGUCUGGGUCGGUAUCUGGUCUGUUCUGUGCUGCCUCAGCACCCUCUUCUCCAUCCUCACAUACCUGCUGGACACGAGGCGGUUCCAGUACCCAGAGAGACCCUUCAUCUUCAUGUCCGGGUGCCACUUCAUGGUGGGGGCGGUCUACAGCGCCGGGUUCCUGUUGGGGGACCGGGCGGUGUGUGUGGACCGGUUCAGUCAGGAAGGAUACAGAAUGGUGGUCCAGGGAACCAGGCAGGAGGUCUGCACGGUCCUCUUCAUCAUCCUGUACUACUUCAACAUGGCCGCCGCCGUGUGGUGGGUCGUCCUGGCCCUCAGCUGGUUCCUGUCUGCCGGGCUGAAGUGGGGUCACGAGGCCAUCGAGGUCCACUCGCAGAACUUCCACCUGGCUGCAUGGGUGGUUCCGGCUGUGAAGACCAUCACGGUCCUGGUCCUGGGUCAGGUGGAGGGGGAUCUGCUCACCGGGGUCUGCUACGUAGGACUCUACAGCAUCGACGCACUCCGGGCCUUCGUCCUGACGCCGCUGCUCAUCUUCCUCCUUGUCGGCGCCGCCUUUCUGCUGGUCGGGUUCUCGUCGCUGUUCCACAUCCGAUCCAUCAUGAAGCAGAACGGUACCGAGACGGAGAGGCUGGAGAGGCUGAUGGUCCGGAUCGGCGUGCUCGGAGUUCUGUACGUGGUUCCUAACGCCGCCGUCAUCGCCUGCAACGUCUACGAGGAGCGGUUUCGCUCGGACUGGGAGUCCACGUGGCGCCUGCAGACGUGCAGACGCUUCCGGGUCCCGUGUCCGGCCGGAAACCCAACUCCGGCCUCGCCGAGCUUCACCGUGUUCAUGAUCAAGUACUGGAUGGCCCUGAUGGUGGGCGUCACAUCCGGGUUCUGGGUCUGCUCCGGGAAGACGCUGAGGUCGUGGCGCCGCUUUUUGAAGAACUGAACGUCGGCGAGCGAAAAGAUGGCAGGUCCAAAGAGUCCGAGUCUUCUGGUUCAGGGUUCAGUUCGAACGAACCACUCUCUGCGUUCAGGAACACCCGAGGAGCAGGAGGAGACCUUGGAGGCUCUUCAGGUGAGCUGGAGGAGAAGCUGCUCCUCCAUCAGCCUGGCCUUAUAG